AUGGAGAUCACCACAAGAAGCUUUGUGCUUUCACUUGCUGGCAUUGGUAUAAUGGUGAUGAUGAUGAUGACGAGCUCGGCCGAAGCAACAAUGCCUGCUGUGUUUGUGCUGGGAGACUCCACAGUUGAUGUUGGGACCAACAAUUUCCUGACGGGAAGCGUCGACAGAGCUGAUUUCCCUCACAAUGGGAUCGACUUCCCUGGCUCCAAGGCUACUGGCAGGUUCAGCAAUGGCUACAACAUUGCUGACUUUCUUGCUAAGCAGCUGGGAUUGGAAAUGAGUCCACCACCUUUCUUCUCGCUUGGGAAUGGCACAGCUCCUCUGAACAACUCGAGCUUCAAAGGUGUGAACUUUGCAUCAGGAGGGUCUGGCAUUCUUGACACCACUGGACUUAGCCCGGUACAAUCUCAAUCCACGAUUUAAUCGUAAUUGUAACGAGUUUCGUGUUAUUGGGAUGUAAUUGGUUGUUUUUUUCACUUGACUCGUGAUGGAAUGUCUUCCACAACAGGAUGGAGUGAAGAUGGUUGUCCCGUUGAGCGAGCAGGUUCAGCAACUGGGCUCCAUCUCCUCGAGGCUCGCCAGCUUCAAAGGUGCUGAAACCGCGGCAGACUACCUCGCGACCUCAGUGUUCAUCAUCAGCAUCGGAAGCAAUGACAUGUUCCACUAUGACCAUGACAACAGCAGCAGCAGCAGCAGCUCGACAAAGGAACAGUUCAUCUCUCAAGUGACAGCCACAUACCAGAAACAUUUGAGGACAAUGCUUGGGUUUGGAGUGAGGAAGAUUGGGAUCAUUUCCACGGGACCAGUUGGCUGCUGCCCAUCUCAGAGGAGAUUCAACCAGACAUCAGGCUGCUUGGAGCCCUUGAACGAGUUGGCCGUUUCCUUCAAUGCCAAGGUCAAAACCAUGAUGGCACACCUCAGCUCGGAAUUCGAUGGGAUGCAAUACUCGAUCGGGGAUACCUACUCGAUGACCAUGAAUUUGAUCAAGAGCCCUGCAUCAUACGGAUUCAAGAACAUAAAUACAGCAUGCUGUGGACUCGGGAAGCUGAAUGCGGAUUUCUUCUGCACACCUGAUGCCAACGUUUGCACGAACCGGGACGAGAUGCUGUUCUGGGACAUGUUCCACCCUUCACAGGCUGCAUCAAAGCUUGCUGCUUCGGACCUCUACAAUGGCGGCCAACCUUUUGUGACCCCCAUCAACUUCAAGCAGUUGGCUGCCGCCUUCUAAAUGAUCCCAUUUCUUUCUCUCUGAUGUUUCUUUGUCUAUCAUUUCAUUCGCAGCAUUUCAUUGUUUUGCUUCCUGAACAAGAAAAUCUAAUAAUAAUCUAAGAUCAAUAUUCUUCACAUUCACUUUUUCAAUAUUUGGAAGCGGGGGAAACUCAAGACUGAUUUCUCGAGGUUAUCGAGCAAUUCGUUUCUCAUUUUUCUCCUCUUAGAUUCCCCAUAAACGUAGGAGUCAGCAUACGAUCGGUUCGGUUCAAACCACACCAAACCACGAAAAAAGAAUGAACCACAAACCAUCCGUUACGGUUUGACCGGAACACCAGCUGAACACACCGAAGUUUAUUCCGAUUUGGGUGC